AGAAUGAGUUAGAUGUCAAAACUUUAUUAAAAAAUCUUCAAUUGACUAUUGAAUUUGAAAGUCAAUUAUUAAAGCGAUUUUCAAAUGCGGAUCAUCAGAAAAUAUCUAUGGCUGAAAAUACUGCAUCGGAAAUUAAUUUUAACAAAAGUAUAUCCGUCGCUUUUGAACCAUACCUUGGUUUGUACAUCGACGCUGAGGACAAGAAUUUAUCUGAAAUGAUUGCCUCUUAUCGGACGGAGCCUGUUCCUGAUGACGAUUCGUCAACCUCAGUUUUACAAUCCAGCACAGAUUUAUUUUAUUUUUAUCGUGAGACCCUCGCCAACUGUGCCAGGCUAUCCACCAAAAAACCCUUCUUUGACUUGUGCAAUGUGUUUGCUAAAUGGCUUCGAGUAUAUGCGAAUGAGGUUCUGACUGGGCGACUUCCAAAAGAGGAGCGUAAAGCUAUGACGCGUGAUGAAUUAAAGUUGGCGUGCUUUGUUCUCAAUACAGCAGAUUAUUGUUAUAUCACAACAUCUCAACUUGAAGAAAAGUUAAAAGAAAAGAUUGAUGAUGAAUAUAAAGGGAACAUAAAUUUUGAUACUGAACGUAAUUGCUUCCUAAAUGUAGUUUCUGCAACUAUAAAAUCUCUGGUUCGCGGAGUUGAAUCAUGUUAUGAACCGGCUCUUAUUGCUAUGACGAGAAUACAAUGGAAUAACUUGGAUUCAGUGGGUGAUCAGUCCGGAUAUGUUACCUUAUUCCACUCCACCUUAAGGUCGAACGUUGUUAUCAUACACAAAGAUAUAACCAAUAAUCGUUAUUUUAGAACAUUUUGCGAUAAAUUCAUAGAAUCAUUUGUUUCUAAGUUAAUUAGUAAUUUACUAAAGUGCAAACCAAUCUCUGAAGUUGGGGCAGAGCAGAUGUUGCUUGACGUACAUGCACUGAAGACCUCAUUACUGGAAAUGCCAACGAUGGGUAUGGAAAACCCUGCACCUCCACCGACAACGUUUACUAAAAUUGUUAACAAGGGAAUAAGUAAAGUUGAGGUUAUCCUGAAGACAGUUCUUACACCUCACGACCCACAUGAUGGUCUUGUUGAAAAUUAUAUAUUAUUAAUAGCCGAUAAAAAUCUUGGUAACUUCCAAAAAAUAUUGGAAUUGAAGGGAUUAAAGAAAGCUGAACAACAACAAAUUAUUGAUGUGUUUCAACAGCGAGUCUUGAAUCAUCCGGAUUUACCAGAAAACUCAAAUAUAAUGUCAUCAGUCACCUUGCCAACUUUCAUUACACCAUCGAUGCCAAGCUCAUUUCCAACAUUAUUUUCAACACCCAUCGGGGGUGGUCUUAAUAGUGUGGUGCCAGCUACAGCGGAACGUUUAGCUUCUGGAAUAGCAUCAUCAGCUAUUGCCGAUCAAAGUGGAGCGGCAGCAAAGAAAUUUAACGAAAGCUUUAGAAAAGUGUUGAAAGGCAGAGGUUGGAGAAAGAAGGAAGGAAAUGAUGGGAACGGUAAUGAUAGCUUUGCGAAAAAAAAUGAUAAGUAG